CUCUUUUAUCUUCUUUUUUAAAUUCUCCGAGAGAACCCCUUUUCCCGUCGUUUCGCAUACGUACACAAUAUGUAUAUAGUCUCCGAUUCUUUUUUAGUGCCAAGAAUAAUUUUGAAACUUUCUGAUUUUUUAGCUAUGUAGUUGGAUUUGGAGUUUUGGGUCUGUAAAUGAAGUGUAAUUUUCUGUUUGGUUGCUGCGGAAACGAACGAAAAUGAGUGAAAACUCGAAACUUUCUCCUUGUAACAUUUUGUUAGCUACACACGGUUGGAUUUGAUGGCCUGUAAAAUAUGUGCAAUGCUCUGUUCGGUUGUGAGGAAGCGGAGGAAAGUGAGGGAAUAAAGUAAUCUUUCUGCUCGUAACACUUUUUUUACCUACAUGGGGUUGGAUUUGGAGUUUUGAGCCUGUAAAAUAACUGCAACCGUCUGUUUGGAAGCUGAGAAAACGGAGGAAAAUAGGAAAAACUUGAAUCAGUCUCUUUCCAACAAUGCAGACAGGUUCAGGGCUCAGCAGAAGCCCUCUUUGUUUCGACGGAAAGUUUUUCCGCAAAGAUGCUACAAAUAAUGUUGGGUUUUUAAUUUUAAACCCUCUCUCCCCCCUUUUCUCUCUCUCGAUAUUUGCAGCGUGGCAUAAUGGCAUUCACUUCGUAUUCUACCACAUCCCAGUGUGCAACCAAUUAAAGGUCAACACACAGAAUCGCAGAACAACUUAUAUAUCCUCAUGGUACGAGAAAAAGAUGUUUGUUGGGAAUAUGCUGAGAAAUUGGAAGGAAACAAAGUAAGAUGCAAAUUUUGCCAGAGAGAACUGAACGGUGGCAUCAGUAGGUUGAAGCAUCAUCUAUCACGGCUUCCAAGCAAAGGUGUAAAUCCAUGUACUAAAGUGAGAGAUGAUGUUACUGACAGAGUGAGAGUUAUAAUAGCACAAAAGGAGGAGACAAAAGAAAGUUCUUGUGUUACAAGGCAUAAGCUUUCAGAAACCAGGUCUACUGGCAAUAUCUCUGCAGUCAAAUCCCCUAUGUAUUUGGAGGCAGCAUCUCCAAUUUUGAAAGUUUUCCCUUCUGUAACACCAAUGGCUCCUCCCUCUUUGAACAACCAAGAAAAUGCAGAGAAAAGUAUUGCUCUUUUCUUCUUUGAGAAUAAGCUGGACUUCAGUGUUGCUCGUUCUUCAUCCUACCAGCUUAUGAUUGAUGCAAUAGCAAAGUGUGGUCUUGGAUUUACGGGUCCAUCAACAGAGAUGCUGAAGACUAAAUGGUUGGAAAGGAUCAAGUCUGAGGUGAGCCUACAAUGCAAAGAUGUUGAAAAAGAGUGGGCCAUUACAGGUUGUACUAUCAUUGCAGACACAUGGACUGACAAUAAAUCAAGAGCUUUGAUUAACUUUUUGGUUUCAUCACCUUCCUGGACCUUUUUCCACAAAUCCGUGGAUGCAUCUUCAUAUUUCAAGAACACAAAGUGCCUUGCUGAAUUAUUUGAUUCUGUUAUCCAAGAUUUUGGCCCAGAAAAUGUUGUCCAAAUCAUCAUGGAUAGCAGUUUCAACUAUACUGGAAUUGCAAACCAUAUCCUGCAGAACUAUAAAACCAUAUUUGUGUCUCCCUGUGCCUCUCAGUGUUUGAAUCUAAUCUUGGAGGAAUUUUCGAAGGUAGAUUGGGUGAACAGAUGUAUCUUACAAGCACAAACCAUAACAAAGUUCAUAUACAAUAAUGCAUCGAUGCUUGAUUUGAUGAAACAGUAUACUGGGGGACAGGAACUCAUCAAGACUGGUAUCACAAACUCCAUAUCCAACUUCCUCUCACUGCAGUUAUUAUUGAAGCAAAAGUCUAGAUUGAAGCUUAUGUUCAAUAGCCCCGAGUAUUCUACAAACUCAUCGUACACUAAUAAACCACAGAGCAUUAAUUGUAUUGCGAUUGUUGAGGAUAAUGAUUUCUGGAGGGCAGUGGAAGAGAGUGUGGCCAUCUCUGAGCCGUUUCUGAAAGUGUUGAGGGAAGUAUCUGGAGGGAAACCAGUUGUGGGUUCCAUUUAUGAACUAAUGACCAGGGCCAAGGAAUCAAUAAGGACAUACUAUAUAAUGGAUGAGAAUAAGUGCAAGACAUUUUUGGAUAUAGUAGAUAGAAAGUGGCGGAACCAACUCCAUUCACCCCUACAUGCUGCCGCAGCAUUUCUGAAUCCAAGUAUCCAGUAUAAUCCCGAAAUGAAAUUUGUUCCCUCUAUGAAAGAAGACCUUCAUAAAGUUCUGGAGAUACUACUCCCUCUGCCUGAAAUGAGACGUGACAUCACCAAUCAAAUUUGUACGUUUACCAAGGCAAGAGGGAUGUUUGCUUGUAACUUAGCAAAGGAAGCAAGAGAUACAGUUUCACCUGGGCUUUGGUGGGAACAAUAUGGCGACUCUGCACCUGUCUUGCAAAGAGUUGCCAUUAGAAUACUAAGUCAAGUUUGCAGCACUUUCACUUUUGAGAGGCACUGGAACACAUUUCAGCAAAUCCACUCUGAGAAGCGGAACAAGAUUGAUAAAGAAACGUUGAAUGACCUCGUAUAUAUAAAUUACAAUCUGAAGUUGGCAAGACAAAUGAGGGCAAGGUCUUUAGAACCUGACCCUAUUCAAUUUGAUGAUAUUGAUAUGACCUCAGAGUGGGUAGAGGAGAGUGAAAACCCAAGUCCAACUCAGUGGCUCGAUCGCUUUGGUACUGCUUUGGAUGGAAAUGACUUGAAUACGAGACAGUUCAAUGCUGGCAUAUUUGGUGCAAGUGACCACAUUUUUGGUCUGUAAUUGUGUAACCCUCACUCAGUGUUGCUCAUAUUGUAUCCUUAGUUGUCCUUUUCAUACUACCGGAAAUGCAUCAUAUCUGUUCGUUGUACUGUUUAUUGAUUGUAAAUUAGUAGUUUCUCAAUGACAAUGUUGUUCUGCAUUCCUGCAUACAAAAGUUAUAAAUACCAUUUUCUUUUUCCUAUCA